UUGCCGCGCGGCGCACUUGGCGCGGGGAGGACGCGGCUGGACUGGACGCUCGCCCGGGACCCGUCUCCGUCCCUGUCCGUUGGAUUAGCGGCGCUUCUUCGCAGCCGGGGCGGGAGAGGAGCGCCGCUCUGCCGCCCGUCCCCGCCUCUCCGCUUCGCUCGCACCAUGCUGCCGCGGAUCGGGGCGCUGCUCGGGGCUCUCCUCCAGCUGUUGCUGCCGCCGGGCGCCGGAGGAGCCGCUGACGCCAAAGCCCGGAGCUGCGGCGAGGUGAGGCAGGCGUACGGCGCCAAAGGCUUCAGCCUGGCCAACAUCCCCUAUCAGGAGAUCGCAGGGGAACAUUUGAGAAUUUGCCCUCAGGAAUAUACGUGCUGCACAUCAGAAAUGGAAGACAAGCUGAGCCAGCAAAGCAAACUGGAAUUUGAGAACCUGGUGGAUGAGACGAGUCAUUUUGUGCGCACAACCUUUGUGUCGAGGCACAAGAAAUUUGAUGAAUUUUUCCGCGAACUCCUGGAGAACGCAGAAAGAUCCUUAAAUGAUAUGUUUGUACGGACCUAUGGGAUGCUCUACAUGCAGAAUUCAGAAGUAUUCCAGGAACUCUUUAUAGAACUGAAAAGAUAUUACACAGGAGGCAACGUGAACUUGGAGGAAAUGCUGAAUGACUUCUGGGCUCGCCUAUUAGAGCGAAUGUUCCAGCUCAUAAACCCCCAGUAUCAUUUCUCGGAGGACUAUCUCGAGUGCGUAAGCAAAUACACAGACCAGCUCAAGCCUUUUGGAGACGUACCCAGGAAGCUGAAGGUCCAGGUGACGAGAGCUUUCAUCGCUGCGCGGACCUUUGUUCAGGGACUGACCGUGGGCAGAGAAGUGGCUAACAGGGUAUCCAAGGUCAGUCCUACCCCAGGAUGCAUCCGUGCGUUAAUGAAGAUGUUGUACUGCCCUUACUGCAGAGGACUUCCCACUGUGAAACCUUGCGACAACUACUGCCUCAAUGUUAUGAAGGGCUGCCUUGCAAACCAAGCUGAUUUGGAUACUGAAUGGAAUCUCUUCAUAGAUGCUAUGCUUUUGGUCGCGGAGAGAUUAGAGGGACCAUUCAACAUCGAAACGGUUAUGGAUCCUAUUGAUGUCAAAAUUUCCGAAGCCAUCAUGAACAUGCAAGAAAACAGUAUGCAGGUGUCAGCAAAGGUCUUCCAGGGGUGUGGACAGCCCAAACCAGCCCCAGGAUUAAGAUCUUCUCGUUCCAUUCCUGAUAACUUUAAUACCCGUUUCCGGCCCUACAAUCCUGAGGAAAGGCCAACGACAGCUGCUGGUACGAGCUUGGAUAGGCUGGUGAUUGACAUCAAAGAAAAACUGAAGCUUUCAAAAAAGUUCUGGUCGGCAUUGCCUUACACUAUUUGCAAAGAGGAAAGUGUGACCGCUGGCCCGUCAAAUGAGGAGGACUGCUGGAAUGGGCACGCCAAAGCUAAAUAUCUACCAGAGAUUAUGAAUGAUGGACUUACCAACCAGAUCAACAAUCCUGAGGUUGAUGUGGACAUCACCAGGCCUGAUACCUACAUACGGCAACAAAUCAUGGCCUUGAGAGUCAUGACGAACAAACUCAAGAAUGCGUACAAUGGAAAUGAUGUGAACUUUCAGGACACAAGUGACGAAACCAGUGGCUCAGGAAGUGGAAGCGGUUGCACCGAUGACAUUUGUCCAACUGAGUUUGAAUUUAUCACCACAGAAGCCCCUCUCGUUGACUCAGACAGGAGGGAAGUAGACUCUUCAGCAAGCCGAUCUAGCCGUCCAGUGUUCACAUGGUUUGUCAUCUGCUUUGUCCUCCUACUACAAAGACAGUGCAGAUAAUCCUGGCUCCUGUCAGAGAUGACUGUCUUUUAGCUAUUGAAAAACAGCCAGUUUUCUUCUUUUCAUAUCCUCUUGGACCUCAGACCACGCCACAAACAAUUACAGUUUUCUACCGGAAGAAGGUGGUGCUGCAACCUGCUCCCCUUUGUGCUUUCCCAAAGAGGUGCCGGACUUAACUGUUCCCUGUGUCCUUUCAAAUAGCUGUGAAGACAAGGUCUGAUUCUCAGAAACCUUUUUCUCAGAUUUUUAUUACAGGAGACUUUUCAGAACUUCGUUUGCUUUUAUGCAGCAGGAAGAGAAUUGG